UGUUGCAGCUAUCUCUAAUCUAGGCGGCUGGUGUAACCUGCUCAUGCAUAUACCUUCUACCUCAUCCAAGUGCAAUGUCAUUAAACACUUGAGCGUCGAAUUUAAGCAGGCAUACAUGCUGUAUUAAAACGGUAACAUCUUCUUUGUUUAGCUUUAUUAAAGAAGAAAUGCAUAGCUUAUGAUAUUUCGGAAAAUAUAUUAUACUCUCUCCCUGGCAAGCUUGUCGGUGAAGAAUAGCCGUUCACGUUCCUGGAUGUUUGAGUACACCCACCUCGUCAUGUUGCGACUGGUGACGUCCUGCCUAUUAAUCACGUUGCAAUCGCUGGAUUGAAAUGAAUUCAUCUGCCGCAAUUUGGACAGGAGCUGUCCGUGGUACUGCAACUAUUUCCCUUGAGAUAUAUAUAGCAUUAAAGAUGGGACGCAGUGAAAAAAGUCGCUAAAUAGGGCUGGUCAUAAAAGAGCGGAUGACUGUAAACUAUGGCUUAUUGGAAAUGUAAAUAUCUGAACGACCGUUUUAUUUGAUGAAACUUGGGUAAACUUUAGUCCAUCUUUGGCGUGAUCUGCAUUCUCAGUAUGCUACCCAAUAACACAUCCACAUCCACGAACGUAAGGAUUCUUACAGAAGAAAUGGAGUCCACAAAUUUCUCCCAGAAUGGAACUAUGAAUGACUCUCAGGGUAGUGCAAUACUAAUCUCCUUCAUCUAUUCCAUCGUGUGUUUGGUAGGACUUUGUGGAAACUCCAUGGUCGUCUAUGUCAUCUUGAGAUAUGCCAAGAUGAAGACAGCUACUAACAUCUAUAUCUUGAACUUGGCAAUUGCUGAUGAGCUACUGAUGUUAAGCGUUCCAUUUCUAGUGACUUCCACUUUGCUAAGUCACUGGCCUUUUGGAUCUUUGCUCUGUCGCUUAGUCCUUAGUGUAGACGCAAUUAAUAUGUUUACAAGCAUUUACUGCCUCACUGUUCUUAGCAUUGAUAGGUAUAUUGCUGUCGUACAUCCAAUUAAAGCUUCAAGAUACAGAAGACCUACAGUUGCAAAAAUCGUAAAUUUGGGAGUCUGGCUGCUUUCUAUUGUGAUUAUUUUACCUAUCAUCAUCUUCUCCAACACUGCAGCUAAUUCCGACGGUUCAGUUGCCUGCAACAUGCAGAUGCCAGAGCCCCCAAAACGGUGGCUGGAAGUUUUUGUUGUGUAUACUUUUCUGAUGGGAUUUCUUUUUCCUGUUGUGGCAAUCUGCAUGUGUUAUAUUCUAAUUAUAGUCAAAAUGAGAGUUGUAGCCCUUAAGGCAGGCUGGCAACAGAGGAAGAAAUCAGAAAGAAAGAUAACACUCAUGGUCAUGAUGGUGGUAACUGUGUUUGUGAUCUGCUGGAUGCCCUUUUACAUUGUACAGUUGGUAAAUGUAUUUGGGGGGAAGCAUGAUACGACUGUCAGCCAGCUUGCGGUUAUACUAGGCUAUGCAAAUAGCUGUGCCAAUCCUAUCCUUUAUGGCUUCCUUUCAGACAACUUUAAAAGAUCUUUUCAGAGAAUUUUGUGUUUGAGGUGGAUGGACAAUGCCACCGAAGAACCCAUUGAUUAUUAUGCUACUGCUCUAAAAAGCAGAGCUUAUAGUGUAGAAGAUUUUCAGCCAGACAAUAUGGAAUCUGACAGUAUUUAUAGAAAUGGCACUUGCACUUCACGGAUCACUACUCUCUGAAAAGAUGUACUUUUCGUUUUUUUUCUUCAGGAAACGAAUGUGUCUUAUUGAAAAAAAAACUAGUGCAUUAAUGCAAAAGUGAAAGAAAGGAACAAAUCACAUUCACACACACACACACACACACACACACACACAUAUAUGUGUGUGUGUGUGUUUCCGAGUGGUUGUUGCUGACUUAGGUCCGUGUGUACGUGUGCGUGUUGACAGUUACAUACCAUGAUACAUAAGCCGGUCUGUCUGUGUUAAGGAACUUGACUUCAUAACGGCUUCCUUGAAUCUGUUAUAAAAGUUGGCAAACGCUCGCAAAUUGUAUCCAUCAGUACUCUGGGCGGUACUGUACACAUGAAAUAUGUUAUAUAUUUGUCUGUUCAUUUACGUUAUGAAUUUAAACUAUUUUGUACAGUUUGUCAGCAAAUACAAUGUGAAAUAUAACUUAAUGUAAAGUUGUUUACCCAUGUAUGUUAAAAAAAAAACGCUUUGAGCAUUUAAACAAUCUUAUGAGGUGAUAUGUCUUUAACUGCUGCUUCAAAAAAGUUAUAUAUCAAUUUACAGUGCAUUAAGUAGUCGCCAACACAGCUAAGGUGCAGAAAUAAUGAAGUUGUUGCAUGACCCUUUAUUUCCUUUAUUUUAAUUUUUCAGAUAGUGUUCAAGUGGCAAGGGCAAAUACAGACUACAUGAAACAAUGGUCAGCACUCUGUGUUUUUAGUAACAUUUUUGUAAAUGCAACGCAAUUAUCUUUAUAUAACGUGCUGCAGUUAAACUAGAACAAUUCAGGGCAUGAUUGUGUGUGUGUGUGUGUGUGUGUGUGUGUGUGUGUGUGUGUGUGUGCGCGUGCGCGUGCGCUCUCUCUCUCUCUCUCUCUCUCUCCUAUUGCAGUUUAGACCGCAGACUGUUUCAAUUUAAAAUUAAAGGCCAUACCAGAAACUUCACUCUUUGUACUUCUAUACCUGUAUUUUUAGUUGCGGAAAUUAAAACAAUGGCGAGCUAAUUAAAAUAAAUAUGGAACUUGGUAGACUUGUCAAGAUAGUUUCCCAAACUGCAUCAUUAAUACAAUGCCAGCCUUCCAAAACACAAUGUUCUGUCUACUUCAGCGUUUUGCUAUUUUCAUAUACUUUUUAAUGAUAUCUAAGUCGUCAUAACACUCUUCAUCACUUCUUGAGGUUUACACAGCUUAUCCUUCCAAAUACUGCAUGAAAGUGCAUCGAUUUUAGUGCAAAAUGAGACCGCAUAUACCAACUAAACUAACUAUUGGAUCCUGCUUGAUGAUUUAGUUCGCAAUUGCGCAACUUGCUAAGACAUUAAAAAAUGCGCAUACCUAGCUAGCACCCCUUAACUUGUUCUGAGAAUUCCGACUAGCGUAAAACUGCUCUACGGAACUCUCACAACUUGAGCAUUUAUUUUAAUAAUAAUGGUAAAGGGGUUAACUGUAGUAAAACCGUUACCAAGCUGUUUUCCCUCAUUGUCCUUAGCUCUAAACCAGUCAGGGAGAAAUCUCAACAGAAUCAGGGAAAAGUCCAGAAAUAAUCAGGGACACUUUUAUAAUAUUACCACUUUUAACUUGAGACAUCGAAAAAGUAAGAGACUGUGAAGUAAUAUACAUUUUCUGAAGUAUAAUAAGUCUACAACUCUAAUUAAUAUCAUUAUUUAAAUGCAAUUCACUCCCUUUUCUCCAACAAUCUCCAGUUUUAAGACACAGACCUAAAACUUGAAUCAAAAUCAGGGACAGUUGAGAGGUAUGUUUGCAAGCCCCCUUCCAUACCUCUCAACUGUAUAGAUUUU